GAGGUGAAGGUCUGGCUGCGAGAGCAAGACCAGUCAUUCUCGCGACCUCAGUGAACUAGUGUGUAUGCGUUUUUCAGCGUUCCCUUCUCGUGCGAAGACUGCAACAUUUGCAUAUCAAAUUAUAUCAGAACGGCACGUUUAUUGCCGUCGUUCCGUUAAUUACUUCGAAAUUAGUUCGUGAUGUAUAUUCAUCGUUUUCCCAUGAAUACAUAGUAGAAAUUCUUCAUUACUUUUGAAAAUGGAUAAGUUGCUGGUCGAUAUUGAAUAAGUAUUAACAUUCCGAAGUUGAUGGAAAUCGUUUUCUUUUAAUGUUUGGUGACUGUACAUUUGUUAAUCAUCUAAGGACAAUGAUGGAUUAUUGUUACAAAUUUCCAUAACUUUGAAGGAAUAGGAAACACAGCAGAUUUUUCAACACAGAACUGAGAGGAAACAGAGCGAUGACAUAUUCACGACUCAAACUCUAUCAGACUGAGGAAUAAAAUUAUUUGAAAAACUUCCAGAAGAAUGUUUUUCUUCUAUUGAUGAUAAAAUGGAAAGAGACAUAAGUGCUUUAUUCAUUUCUGAAAUAUAUUUCCAAAAUUCCAUAUGUGCUUCUCAGAGGAAAAGUGAUCAUGUUUUUCUGGUACAGGCCAUGGGACAAAGUACACCUGUGUAUAUGCCAAAGCUUCACAGAGACAAGUGAUGCAUACUCAAAAAUAUGCAGGAGAAGGACCGGGUAUUAUAUGGACUGCCACAGCAGGUUAACUCAUCAGCCAGGUGGAAACAGGUGUGUCAGUCACAGCAUAUACCCCAAAGGACUGCAUCUGCAUCUGUCUUCAACCCCUGUGUCAUUAAUCCUUAGUGCCUCGUCUUCCGUAAACGUAAUUGCCUCUUUGUACUUCCUGUGUAUAUUUCGUAAAUUAUUUGUUCAGCUGUCAAUCAGUUUAACCUGGUGUAUUAGAAAAUGUUUUAGCGAGUGUCUUACCAAACUCAUUGUGAAAAUACCACGGGAAACUAUAGACCCAUACCACGAAAAGAGUGGACUGGAAAGGAGAUGACACAGGUUUGAAGAAUUUGUCAAGAGUCUGUUUGAAAGAGGCUCUUCCACAGAGGCAGCGUCCUUGAAGCGGCCAAAGAAGAAGUUUUCAACUGGACCAGGGAAGAGUCUGUCGUUCCCCAUGUUCGCCAUUUUGGUUAUUAUCACACUUUGCCCUCCAUUCUCUGUGGCCUACGAACUAAAGCCAACGACUACAAUGUCUGUAGUGGCCCUGGUAGGGGACAAAGCCAAACUGCCUUGUGAGCUUCCUAUGCCGAGCGACAGACCAACUCUCGUCCUCUGGUACAAAGACCACGAUUCUAAACCUUUCUACAGUUUUGAUGCCCGGGAAACAUCAUCUGGACGUCACAAGGUGCAUGACCGCUCCGAGCUUGCGAGAAGGUCAAAGUUCAUACUAGAUUCCUACACACACAACUUCAAGAUACGCCUCGGAUACCUAGAGAUGGAGAAAGUUACCUUGGCUGACGGUGGAAACUACACCUGCAGAGUUGACUUCAUGACAUCACAGACCAUGAUGGCUCUUCUACAUCUCACAGUUCAUGAGGAAAUUCGGGACUUGGAAGUCUUCGAUGCAGAUGGGGUCAUGAUCAACAGCGUAGCAGGUCCUUACGCGCAGGCAAGCAGGGUCAUUCUUUCCUGUCGGGCUUUGGGAGGCUACCCACCUCCAGUCGUUCAGUGGAUGUCAGGAGACAAAGUGCUUGAGUCGUCUCUCGAGCAAGGUUACCCUUUCUCCAGAAUGAGCCCGAGGGACCGGGACUUACGUCACCAAACCCUAGGCAUGGUUAAGGUAGUCCUUCGUCUGCCAGAUCUCCAGAGAGCUGACGAUGGCAGGAAGUUGAAAUGCGUUGCUUUCAACAGCAAUAUGACCCGCCCAGCGUCGAAAAUCAUCACAAUCGAGAUGUACUUGCCACCACUAGAAGUCAAAAUUGAAGGACUGGAAACGCCCGUGCUAGCAGACACGGAAACCAUUAUAUCCUGUCGCUGCUCAGGUUCCAAACCGCCUGCAACGUUAUCCUGGAAUCUGGAUAGGUCCUCUGGGUUAACACCUCUGCCAGCUCAGUCGUCCAUGGAUCACAACACCACAGUAAGACGUGCUAGAUUAUUGCCUACACCAGACGACAAUGGUAGAGUUCUGUCUUGCACGGCAACAAAUCCGAAAGUUCCCGGAUAUUUGAUCGCAACAUCUCACGUACUCGUUGUUCACUUUGCACCUAAGGUUGAAGUGCGAUUGGCCCCUGCUCUCGAUCCUGACAACAUCAAGGAGGACGAGGAUGUGUACUUCGAGUGCGUCAUCAAGGCCAACCCUCCAGAAUCAAGGAUCAUCUGGUACCACGAGGCCGAACGACUGGAGACAAACCUCCAGACGGGAGUCUUGGCACAGGGAAAAAACCUCGUACUGCAGAAAGUCAGCCGCCGUGCAAGUGGCACCUAUCAGUGCCAGGUCACGAAUGCUGUUGACAAAGUUACAAGCCCUGCUGCAUCUCUGAAUGUAUUGUUCAUACCCGAGUGCAGUGGGUCACGAAAUGUCACCAUUUCUGUCUCGACAGCCGAGGAAGUCAAGCUGACCUGCAAAGUGGAAUCUAAUCCGGCUGAGGUAAAGUUCGUCUGGAAAGUGAACACCAGCAGGGGAACCAAAGAAUUAUCUCCCACUUCAUACACGACCAAUGGGCGACUGAGCACUCUAAUCUACAAACCGGGUGAACAUUCGACUGCCAACGAUCAAUAUGGAGUUGUGUUGUGCCAUGGAAUCAACAAACUUGGCACUCAGAAACAACCGUGCAUGUUCUUUAUCACUCCAGCAGGAUCCCCAGAGAAGCCCAAGUCUUGUACCCUGAAGAACCAAAGUGCCACCUCUCUUUAUGUGUCUUGCACGCCCGGAAGUAACGGGGGACUGAAGCAGCGCUUCGUUGCCACAAUCCUGAACGCAGAAACUCGAGCAGUGGUGACGGAGGUAACUUCAAACACACCCCAUUUCUCGGUGCAAGGUCUGGCCCCCGGGGGAGACUACCUGGUGAAGGUGACAGCAGUUAAUGAAAAGGGAGCCUCUAAGCCUUACGUUCUGGCAGGCUUUGAACUCAAAGUGGCUGAAAACAAGAUAAAUGAUCCAAGUUCAAGCGAGUCAUCUCCUUUACUGGCUGUGUUCCUGGGCGUCGUCUGUGGCUUCGUCUUCAUAUUCUUGAUUCUGAUAUUAGUCAGUCGAAUCCGAAGCCGACGCCGACAUGCGCAUCUGAACGCAGCUUCAAACAACAACAAACACCGUGGAGGAGAUGAAGUUCCACUCUCCCCAUCGAGAAACGAUUCUGUUUCGGAAACUAAUGAGAGAGAUCUGGAAGAGGACGACGAUGUUGAUGAAUAUAGCGGAGAAAAUUCUGCCAAAAGCGAUCUGGGCCAAGAUGGUCCGGAUGCUGGUGUGGGGUCUGCCGGAAGUGGAUCUGCUGGCAAAAUCGAUCGUUUGAAGGAACCCGAAGACAAAGAAUUGAAAAUGUCCACGACAUAUGUGCCGGAAUCUUCGACCCUCCGCAGAAGCGGGUCGUCGUCAGAGGCGGAGGAACUUCUCCAGCCACGACCACAGUUGCUCCACUCGACUGACCUUCCACACCACUCGACUUCGACCAACCAGAAGUACUACGCUUUGAAGAUCAACUGUACGCGUCAGAGCAAUGAGAGUUUCGUGUAGGUGGAGGUUUUCUUAAGUUUACAGUGUCAUUUUCAUUUGAUUGAAUGAAAAGUAGAUUUUUUGUGAGGGGGGGUGUGUUUAGAUGUAAACAACGUGCUCUAUAAUCGAAAGGCUGAAUUGAAGACAUUUUUUUAAAUUGUCAAAAAAAAAAAAAAAAAAAAAAAAAUAGCCAUGAAGAUGUUUUCAUCAACAGAAGCAAAUCAGACUGAGUUGACAUUCUUCGAUAAAUCAAGCAGUUUUAAAUAGAAAUUAGAGACGUUUUUGUCUGCAAUUAUUCAGAAGGUAACAAUUAACUUUAAGUACAAAUGGUUGUACAUCAGAGACUGGAAUUUUACAAAUGAAAAAACGUACAUAUCAUGGAUAUAUUAAUUCCCGUCAAUUACGCGUGCAGCCAAUUCAGAUGAAUAGAGACCUAGUAUUCCAAAGUGUUAAGCAAAUAUGGCAAGACAAAAAAAAUCGCAGACCAAAUCUCUGAAUGAAAAACAGGCAGAAGAGAAUGAGAGGGAUCAUAGACAUUGUUUGUAAGCUAAAUGCUCUACUGGAUUUAUUGCUGUUCGUACUAAACAUAAGAUAUAGCUACCAUCUUCUUUAAUGUUAAAUGUUUAUAUUUUAAUCAAGUGGAAUAAACGUUU